AUGUCGGAGCCCGUCUGCCGGUGUCCCGGGCCCCUGGUGGGCGCGCGUGGGCGUGCCCCCUCGGUCCACGCGUGUCACCUUCUCGGCUCCUGCACCGGGCGUUGCUUUCUGAGACGGAGCUAUGGAGGUGUGUGCCGCCGAGAACCCGAGUCUGUCGCGCAGACAGCCUCCUUACAUCACCCUUCCUCUCUGGGUCGCACCGCCUUCUCACCCCAGCACCCCUACAUUUGGAUAUUGUCAGCUAAGUUGACUUCUGAACUAUGGGGUUCCUCCAAAUGUUGGCUGAAAUUUGUUCUUGUUCAUCCCAAGGCUCAUCUGCAAAGUCUCCAGUUCAUAAUGAAGCUACUGUAUUGGCUAUUGGAAGAAAGAGAUUCUGAAGACAGGGAGAUUCAGCCAUCCGUCUUUGACAUUUCCUGUGAUCUAUUUCAAUCUAGAUGCAAAGAACAUGGAAAAAUCAAGUGCUCAAGUGGUUUAAAUCUGUUUUGGAUAUUUCUAUUUACAGACUACAAUAUUUUUCCAAUUAAAAUCCUCAGUUGUCACGCAAAAGUUCUCCAAAUACUGCAAGAAAAGCUGAUGAUAUUCCUGAUAUCUCCUGAUUCAUCUGACGUCCAAACGUGUAAAUCACAUGUCAGUUCAACAACUGUUUAUCAAGCACCUACUAUCCCCUGAUGUUGUAAAUUCGAUUAAGAAUAGUGUAUAUCGGGGCAGCACCUGUGGCUCAAAGGAAUAGGGCGC